CAAAUGAAACCCUUGCACUUGAUGGGGGCAUGUGGGAGAUCCACAAGCUUCACCCUGUAAUCAACUUAUCCUUCCAUGAGAUCAAUAUCCUCAUGCCCAAACAAUAGCAAAUAACAUGAAACAGUAGUAGUGAGGUAUCCAGUUCCACUGCAGCCACAGCCAAAAUGGCCAUGGAGAGAUGGAAGGAGGCAGUCUUGCGGUGGGCCAGUUGGAGCCCAACAGUUCUUUGAAGGCUCUUUCUACAUAUGACCUGGCAUGUCCACAUAGGAAGCCUUCUUCUGGUAUAGGAUGGAAAGUAUUUGUCAGCCUUAGCCUGACUUCAGCCUGAUGACAAGAUAGAGGCUCCAAUGUGAGGACAUACAUUGCCAAAUCAUUGCUCUGAAAUCCAAUCUGUUGUAACAAAAAGGCAUGGCAAAGAACAGCUCAUUGGAGGAUAAACAUCUGGAAGAGGAGAAGGGAAAUUCCUUCCCCAAUCCUUUUUCUUCAAGAGGAAAAGAAACUGAGCUGAUUACUUGCGGGAAGUUUUUUCAUGACGUCAUUCAAGGGAGUAGAUAAAAGGGCUGCAGGCAUAAGAACAGCUCCAGUACACAAGCAGCGGACGGCUGCAGCAGGAAUGGAAAUCAGCAUGCAGAACGGAAGCACGCUGCUCUCUUUUAAUGAGCGAAAUGACAUGCCAAGUGCACUGGCUUUGCAGCCUCUCUGGGACUUUGUCAGAGCGCAGCAGGGCCUGAUCAAGUCUCCGUUCUUCCCAGUGCUAUUCAACUUCACAAUAUACACAGCUUUCUGCUUGCCUUUUAUCGCUCUGGAUUUUUUAAGCGCUUGGAUCUCCACCUUGAGAAAGUAUAAAAUCCAGCCGCAGACGUCACCUACGCCGCAGAUGAUGGCCCUUUGCCUGGCUCAAAGCAUCUAUCACCACAUCGUGUGUAUCUUUCCAGUGACCGUUGUGCAUUGGUACUGGAGGCCGGUGAGCUUGCCCCAGAUAGCUCCCAAGGUGCCAAUGCUUAUCCUGGAGGUAGUUGUUUGCCUGCUGAUGUUUGAUUUCUUCUCCUUUUUGUGGCACUUGCUCCACCACAAGGUGCCAUGGCUCUACAAAACUUUCCACAAGAUCCACCACAAACAUGUCUCUACCUUUGCUUUGACCACCCAGUAUGCCAGCAUUUGGGAACUGCUCUGGCUGGGUUUCUUUAGCGUAAUUAGUCCAAUGCUGUUGAAGUGUCAUCCGUUGACGGAAAUGGCUUUCUUCAUUGCCAACAUCUGGUUUUCAGUAGAAGAUCAUUCUGGCUAUGACCUGCCAUGGUCAACCCAUAGACUGGUGCCUUUUGGCCUGUAUGGAGGAGCACCACACCAUGAUCUCCACCACCUGAAGUUCAAAGUCAACUAUGCACCUUACUUUACACACUGGGACUGGCUGUUUGGAACUUUUAGUUAUGCUGUUGGAGAAAGCAAUAUAUCUACAAAGGUCAACAAGGAUUAAUUUAUAGCCCCAUCUUUCACCCCAUACUUCCCAGAGUCAAUAUCUGGAAAUUCUGGUGUGGAAAGCUGAGGAAAUUCGCACUG